AAUUAAUAACGUUGUGUAUUUGUAAAUUUCAAUGUAAAUUUGUUUGUGUACAUAAAAAUAAGCGCUGAAAGUGCUGCGAUUGUGUACUGCGUAUAGUGUGCCUCUAUACUGCUUAACGUCCGUACGAAGCUUGAAUAAAAAAAUGCAAUCGAUUGCAAACAUGCAUCACAUGCAAUAUUGUAUUCAUCUGUUUUAAACUAAUCAAAGUGAAUACAAAGUAGUAAAGUCACAAAUUAAAAAUAGCAUAUUAAAUAUGAACUGAACGACUGGCUUUUGGCGCAGUAGAUGAAAUGAUUUCAAGUGUUUCGGAGGCUAUAAAGCAAACUCUUCGAUUGAAAAAAAAAAUUGUUCAGUGUUGUUUGUUCAAAAAAUGGCUUUGUUAACGCGUAACUGGACCAUUGAUGUGUUAACUGUUUUAAUUGUUGCAUUUGCGUUGGUGUAUUUUUUGGUCAAGCGAACGUAUUCGUACUGGGAAAGAAAUGGCUUUAAAACAUUGGCCGGAUCGAAUCUGAUUUUUGGACAUUUUCAAGGGAUAAUAUUUCGUAAAGAAUUUGUCGGCAGCCUCGUAAAGCGAUUGUAUGACAGUACGAGUGAACCAUUCAUUGGAAUUUACAGUAUUUUGCGUCCAAUAUUGUUGAUACGCGAUCCCGAGCUGAUUCGCAUGAUUUUAAUCAAAGAUUUCGAACAUUUCACCGACCGUGGCGUUUAUUGCAAUGAAGAAAAGGAUCCCUUGUCAGGCCAUUUAUUCGCUCUACCUGGCAAAAAAUGGAAAAAUCUCCGAACGAAGCUCACACCAGCCUUUACAUCUGGCAAAAUGAAAGCGAUGUUUUCAACUCUGCUCAAUUGUGGAUCGGAAUUGGAAAAUCAUCUAAAUAAUUUGGUCGACAAUGGAAAAGUAUUGAAUGCACGAGAAAUUUCUAGUUGUUUUACGACCAAUGUGACAGCAUCGGUGGGAUUUGGACUAGAAAUCGAUGCCAUCAAAAAUCCAGACAAUGAAUUUCGUGUGUGUGGCCGUGAAAUUUUCAGCUCAAAUCUCAUAAAUGUAAUUCGUCAGCUUUUAUUUUUCAAUUCGCCGAACAUAAUGCAAACGAUUGGAAUGAAAACGGCACAACCAAGUGUGGAGAAAUUUAUACGAUCGGUUGCCACCCAAAAUGUCGAAUACCGUGAAAAACAUAAUGUCAGCCGCAAAGAUAUUUUUCAACUGCUAAUUCAGUUACGAAAUACAGGCAGCGUAAAUGAAUCGGACGAUAAAUGGGAUGUGGUCAAAGCGAAUGAAAAUCAAAAGAAAUUUACAUUGGACGAAAUCUCAGCACAGACAUUCCUUUUCUUUAUCGCUGGAUUUGAGACCUCUUCAACCACAUUAUCGUUUUGUUUGUAUGAAUUGGCAAAAAAUUUGGAGAUUCAAUGCCGUGUUCACGAUGAAAUUGAUGUGGCUGUACAGAAACACGUUGGCCAAUUGACCUACGAAACACUUGCUGAGUUGAAAUAUUUGGACACUUGCAUUGACGAGACACUACGAAAGUAUCCUUCGUUAUCACUCUUGCCUCGUUCGUGUGUAAAAGACUAUCGGAUUCCUGGAACAAAUAAAGUGAUUAAAAAAGGCAUGCAAGUAUUUAUAUCAGUACUUGGACUCGGAAUGGAUGCAAAAUACUACGCAGAACCAGACAAAUUCAUUCCGGACCGAUUCAAUGAGGAAAAUUCAGUUGGAAAGAAUUUGAUUAAUCGACCAUAUCUUCCGUUUGGUGACGGACCCCGAAAUUGCAUAGGACUUAAAUUGGGGCUAUUACAAACAAAAGUUGGACUUGUUAUGAUGCUGCAAAAAUUCCGCUUCGAAUUGUCCGAUCACCACAAAAACACUGACAUGAAAUUCGAUCCAAAGUUUUUCUUCAUGGCUCCACUUGACGGAAUUCAUCUAAAAGUUUUUAAACGAUAAACACGACAAAUGCUAUGUGGUAACAUUCAACGGUGUUACUAUCUUACAUGCUUUCUCAAAUAAUUUUUAACAUUUUUAAAUAAAUAUUAACGACGCGCUAUGUACCAGAGCGAUGAAUUAACCAAAAAAAAAAAUGUACAGAUUUGUAGAAAAAAUGCAGGUUUUAAUGGUGGUGACUAUCCAUACCUUUCCCCUGCCAAACAAAUUUAUUUAAUCACAAAUAAAUUUAUGAUUAAACAAAGACACUUAGUUUUUGACGGUGGAUUUUUGCUCUUAUAUCUUUUCUUCACCAUGUAUAAAUCAUUAUGUAUAAAGUCAAAUUUGAUUCAGCCAGUUUUGGCGGUCAAUAAAUAUUAUUAUUAUUUUUUUUAUUGUUGGUAAUAAAAAAUCUCUUUAAUCACACAACCGCA